AGCACUUAGCUGCAUCAUCGCCAAUUUAAUUUAUGCUUUCCAAGGUUUAUUAUUUACUUUUACUCUUCAAACUUGGAACCUUCAACCUUCUCUCUCUCUCAAUUGUCGACGGCAUAAGUCAAAAUACUUGACUUUGGCCUGACAAUGGCUCGCAACGUUCGCCAGCAGGCGCUUCAGAAGAUCGCUGCUCUUUCAGCUACCAGUUCCACGACAUCUUUUGACCGGUCUGAUCUCGAUCGACUAUGUAGAGCUACGAAUGUUCGAAGUAGGGGGAAAGAAACCGCUAAUGGCUUCGUUAGGGGCUUCACUUCUUCCUUAGCUCGUGUUCCCAUGACCAUUCGCGAAUAUGAAGUCCUCAUUGCCCUCUGCAAGGCUGCGCCAUUGGUACAAAGCGGACAGAGCGCCCAGAAGCUUGUUAACCAGUUGAUACCCUAUAUUCUCGAAGCUCAUGCCCAGACCUUUCUCCCCUCGCCCGCCUUCAAUAAGAUCGAGCCGUCGCCUGUCGAAGCACUAACCUCCAAUGUCACGGCCGCCUUGUUAUCGCUAGGGAAUAACUACGAUGACUUGCAUGAGACCGUCUCUGACAACAUAUGGGCUCUCUUACUUUCCAUGCGUACCGAGAUAGAAAGCAUAAUUCCUCCCCAGUCGGACGAGAUUGCCCAACCAAAUUUGGAGGAUGCUAUCCGUGUUGCAACCAUAGCCAUCUCUCUUCUAGGCUUCUUAAAUGCUGCUUCGGCUCAAACCAACUUCUGGAGGUCUGGUGGAAGAUUAGCUCUCAUCCAGAGGAUUCGUAACCUGCUCUCUGAGCCCUUCCUAACCACCAUAGAUGGCGCCUUUUCAACUAUCCGAAACGUCCACACGUCAGAUCGCAACGCCAAGGACUGGAAGAGAUGUCUUCGCCAUUAUUCUCAUCACGGACGACCUCUGGGACAUAUGUUGCUGCAAAGGAGUUUUAUGUGGCUUUUGGCCUCUUCAACAUCCCUUCUGAUUGCUGACGUGAAGACUUUAAGGACAACUCACAUCCUCGAUAUGCUAAUGUCGAAGGAAGGCUUGGCUAAGCUCAAAUCUCCUGAUAGUCCAGAUGCCGACUAUCAAUCGAUUGAAUUAUAUGCGGGAAUUGCUCAGGAGGAAAUGGAUCGCCUUGAAGCCGCUGCUGAUUUCAUCGAGCUUGGAUCGCCCUCUCAGCAGAGGCUGGCCUAUGCUGUGAAGGCUGGCGCUAUCGUCAGCUUUUUGAACUGUGCAGUACUUAAUGAAGAUGCGGCGGACCCUGAAAUUAUCAUGGGCUGGCUGCAGGAAUGUAUGGACAAUCCAAUACAAAUGUCGGAUGAUACACUGGCGUCAACGGUGUUCCGAUCAAUGGCCAUCCUUUCUAGGAUCUCCCCAUCCUUUGCUCCAACUGUGAUUCGACUGUUGCCUCGAUUUAUCGUGCAGACCACGCCCUCUAGCAGUAUCGUUGCGACUGCAUCCAAAUGUUUAGCAUUUGCUUUGCAUAUGCUUUCACAGGAUGCGGUCAUCACUACGCUUUACACGUUGGGAAAUGUGCUCAGUCCGGAUGCUGACCAGAAUGUCCCGAAUGGGAUCGCUAGCGAGUUGGGAGCCGAGAGUGGUGGACUGUCUGAUGUUUAUCAAGGAAGACAAUCUAACGGCAGUGAUAUUUCGCUACAGAUCCAAGGGGAAGAGGACACCACGGUAGUGUAUGCGAAUAUAGUCCAAGCAAUUUGUAGUAUUGCAGAUACUUGCAAUGACGAUAAAAUUACGGCGCUUGCGCAGGCGAUGCUGCUCCAAAAAUUGACCAAGGUCAAUCAGGCAGUGGAUUGCCAUAUCAUUACUGGGGCAAGCGUACUGUCUCUGAAUGGGGGUCAGCUAGAAUUUAGGUCACUUCUGAGACUGUACUCGAGGCUCAGUCAUAACGCGUCUGUCGACGACAACACCAUGAUUCUCGAUGCCGUUCGCAAGGCUCGAAAUCACAUAUCGGCAAACUUGAAUCGCGAUUCUCCACUGUUUGAUAUAUACUGGGAGCACAUGUUAGAAGAACUGGUUUCCAAGGGAGAUGUUCAUCAGUCUCAGCACAUGAAAGAGUCCGAUGUUGAAUUUGCAGCCCGCGAGAUCGCCCAGCUGCUUCAACCCCUUUCGAUCCUGAUGUCGGCACAUGAAUUUGCGGCCGAAAUUCCCGGCCAAGGCCAAGAAGACGACAAGCACUCUCUCAUUCGAGACGGUUGGUUCAAUAUUGUCGUACACGGAUUUACUCCCCUAACUGAGAGGGGUCAGAAGUACAUCAAUGAGCUGCGCAUCAUGGCUAUACAUUCGCCGCCACUUGUAGCUGAACAGCGAGGGGAACAGAUCGAGAGUGAUAUUGAGCUUAACACGGUUCUUCGCAGAGCUAACACGUCAGAGCGGGAAUCGAAGCAGAAGAGGCAGCUUACGGAACUCGUUCCCUCAAAGGCAGCUGAAAUCAGGGCACUGAGCUACAGAAAAGUUAUAUUCUUGCAAGCCGCCUACUUGGUUGAAAGUUUGCGAGCCGAUUCUGGCGAUUGUACCAAGACUCUAUCGUACUACCUGGAGCCUAGUAUGCGUAGUGCGGACGUACGAGGCGUUAUGGAGGGCACAACAGCGGUUGUAAUGGAGAAGUAUUUAUCCAAGACUCUCGAAGCGAAGUUGCCAACUUUCUCUGCCCACUACGCGGCUUCACAGCUUGCAGCAAUCUUUUGCGGAUGUUGCCAUCGUAUUCAACGUGUUCAGCAGGCUGCAAUUUUCUGCGCCGACAAGUUCGUGCGGGAAAUUCCGUCUUCUCUUUGCCAGAAAUCGUCCUUGUUUGCCCUCCUCGAGCUGUUGUCUCUUAUGUGGACAAGUUGUUUCGAGGCUGAAACGGACAUGUAUGAUCCACGAUCCGAGUUCACCUCCACAUUGGGACAGGUCACAGUCCAGCUUUCAGAUGACUACUCCUUCAGAAAGACGACGCUGAAUAACUUAUAUACGAAGGCCAAGACAUGGGUCUCCUUAGCAAUCAAUUUAGCACCUUCGGAUGUUAAGGGGUUGCUCCAGACAUACUUGUCUGAAUUUGACGACGAAGGAGCCUAUGGAUACAUGUCACUCGGUCGGUCAUUUGCCGUAGAAAUGGGGUCGUCAAUACCAGCCACGGACCAGAGAUUAACCUCUCUAGAUACUCUUGGUGGAACUGCCAUCAAUACAGCAUCCCACUUCAUUGCCCAAUACACCACACGUCAAGAGUAUAGGUACGGUGAAGCCUUACCUACCCAUGGCAAAGAUCUAAUCAACUUAAUGCCAAUUAUGCGACGCGACUCAUUUAUCAAAUCCGCGCCCACCGACCGCGCCGACGCUGUCACGGCUCUAGCUCAUGUGGAAUCUCGCGUUAGCAGCAGGAGGGUCACCCCUCUCAACGAUGUGAGAGAUAUACUUAGACGGGCUGCCGCUCUCUUGUGUCGCAGUGGAAGAGACGAGAGUGCCAUCACGCAUUAUCUCGUCAGCAUCCCCUUCAAGAUGUUCACUAAGGAGUCUAUCAAUUUUGGUGUGUCUCUUUGGCUGGGUGUCAUGAAUGAGAAUCCCAGGAUGGAGUCUCGAAUACUUGCCGAAAUUGCCCAACAAUGGGAAGUUAUAAUCCAUAGAAAACUUGGAUUAUUCAAUCCUGCCUUGAUGCACCCUGAUCCCUUCUUCCUCAAGGAGGAGUUCGCCCCCAGUGAUAAUGAGGGUCUCAUAAAACGUCGACAGCAGGUCCACAACCUGCUAGCACCACAUACUCGCUUGUUAGGCUUUUUCAACAGCCACUUUAAUGCAACUCGACUGGGGAGCCCAGAUACUCACAGGAUCUUCCUCCGUAUGCUUGAUAUGACGCUCGAUGCUCUGAAGAACUCAAUUUCUCAUCCUAUGGCUCGAGAACUUCGCCUCAGGAUCAUUCUGUUCAGCCUGAGAGUACUGAGGGUGAGCACCGCGGUCCGUACAAUGACUCAAUGGCGCCUCAAGGACAAGAUACUGUCCGCAGGGCUGAGUUGGUUCAAGUUUACACCAAAAUGGUCUUUUGGCAGCAACCAGCUCCAGUUAAAGACCGAAGUUCGACUGAUCUCGGAUGUCAUGACCGCUUUGAAGGCAGUCUCCAAUGUUGGCGCUAAUGCUGUUGGAAAUUUCAAGGUUUUGGCACAGAAAGAGUCGUUGCUUCAAAUUUUGCUUGAGAGUGAACAGGCUAGGUUGAACGUCUGGGUUCAUCCCCUGAAUGAAGGUCUUUAUCACCGACCCCAUAUCUUGACGAAUCAUGGCAGAACAACGCUUGAGUCUACUCUCAAACCACUCGUUCGAGUGGCCUGGACGGAGGAUCCAUCUCUAGCAAUUGAACUUGUUAGCAGAUUCUCUAUCCCGGCUGUUCAUAACGAAGUGCGCUGGCUCCUUCUGAAUUUCCCAGAUAAGGCUAUCUCUGACCCUGAAGCCCUCCCGAUCUUAUUGGGAGGUGAACUGCCGCCUGACGUUGGAUUCCAGCUCAAGUACCUACUGUUCUGGGCUCCCGUGAAUCCCAUCACUGCUGUCACAUAUUUCUUGCCCGCAUAUCGCAAUCAUCCUUUCCUGAUUCAGUAUGCCAUGCGAGCCUUGGAAUUUCACCCAGUAGACGUGACUUUCUUCUACGUUCCGCAGAUCGUGCAGGGUCUUCGAUUUGAUGCUCUGGGAUACGUGGAGCGUUAUAUCAUUGAAACUGCGCAAUUCUCUCAACUAUUUGCUCACCAAAUCAUCUGGAACAUCAAAGCAAAUGCCUACAAGGAUGACGAUGCCACGAUUCCUGACGCCAUUAAACCUGCUCUUGACAAGGUGAUGGAAAAGAUGAUCAACAGUUUCUCUCCCGAGGACAAGAACUUCUAUGAAAGAGAGUUUGCAUUCUUUGACGAAGUUACUAGUAUAUCUGGCAAGCUCAAGCCGCUCAUUAAGAAGGACAAGCCAGAGAAGAAGCAAAAGAUUGAGGAAGAGCUUCGAAAGAUUAAAGUUGAUGUGGGUGUCUAUCUACCCAGUAAUCCUGAUGGCGUCGUUAUUGGCAUCGAUCGCAAAUCCGGCAAGCCACUCCAAUCUCACGCCAAGGCACCGUACAUGGCUACGUUCCGAAUUCAGAAAUCGAAAGCCGGCAUCGAGGAAACCGAAGACGUAGCACAAGAAGUAACUAAGACGGGCCAACCACCGGCCGAAACCACGAUCGAGGUCUGGCAGAGCGCUAUCUUCAAGGUUGGUGAUGACUGCCGGCAAGAUGUGUUGGCUUUACAGAUGAUUGCUGCAUUCCGCGGUAUCUUCCACAGCGUUGGGCUUGACGUCUUCGUGUUUCCGUACCGUGUGACGGCUACUGCUCCCGGCUGUGGUGUUAUCGACGUACUGCCUAACUCCAUCUCUCGAGAUAUGCUUGGUCGUGAGGCAGUGAACGGACUGUACGACUAUUUUGUUAGCAAGUAUGGCAACGAGGACUCGCUACGCUUCCAACAGGCGCGCAAUAACUUUGUGAAGAGCAUGGCUGCUUAUAGUAUAAUCUCCUUCCUGCUGCAGUUCAAGGAUCGUCACAACGGCAAUAUCAUGAUCGAUGAUGCUGGCCACAUCCUGCACAUCGAUUUCGGUUUCUGCUUCGACAUUGCGCCUGGUGGCAUGAAGUUCGAGCGUGCACCUUUCAAGCUCACGGGCGAGAUGUUAGCAGUGAUGGGCGGCAGCACCGAGCACCAGUCCUUCCAGUGGUUUGAGGAAUUGUGUAUCAAGGCAUUCCUGGCGUGUCGACCGCACGCAGAGAAGCUGAGCCAAAUCGUCCUGCUCAUGAUGGAGAGCGGGCUGCCUUGCUUCAAGCCCGAGAGUGUUCGCUUUUUUAAGGAACGGUUUGUGUUGGAGCGGAACGAGCGCGAAGCUGCUGAUUUCGUGAGGGACCUAGUCAAGAAGAGUGCAGGCAGUUACAGCACUAUGGUUUACGAUGAAUUCCAGUUCCUUACGAACGGAAUUCCUUACGGUCGUUAGAAGCACCACGGUUCCGUUCGGGCCAAAAGGUAAUAUGGCAUUCCGAAGUUUUAAGCGUUUAUGCACCUAUCUAGAUAUCUAGAGUUUUUUUUAAGGGGGAUAGUAGAAGAUGUUGCGAGGAAAGAUUGAUUGACAUUCCCAUUCUCAGUAAAUAGCAAGCAAGUUUGUCUUUCAGCUUUGGCGGCUUAUAUAGAGCAGUUGAGUUGAUGAUUAUUUAAUUCAUACACAUAUACCUACCCCUAGAAGUGAAUGAUACCGGA